AUGAACAGGCGUGGAAAUGAACAGUUGGAGAUGAACUCGAACCAACUGGGAAUUGAUAACCAUGACGCAGAUGAGGUCUUGGCUAAGGAGAUUGAAGAGGAGCUUCUAACUGUAGACGAAGUCUUGAGGAUUAAACAGAUCCUUGACAACAGCCAGGAUGAGUCUAAUUCAGAAUUAUUUGCAUCAUUAAGGAAGCUCCAACUGAUGCAUUUGUCUGUGGAUAUUUUGAUGGUGUGGCAACUCAGACAAGUCUUUAUACUGCAGGCUACAUAUAUUGGGGAGUCUGUUAAGGCUCUCACAGAACACGGGGUGAAGAAUAUUAGUGAACUGGCAGGGCAGAUGAUAGAGUAUGCUGUCUUACCUCUAGCUAGGCUGAAACUUUGGAAGGAUAUGAUGGAUGAGUGGUUCGAUAGUAUUAAAAUGGUUAUCGCAGAUUCAAAAGUUGCCCCAGAAUCUGAUAAAUCUAAUGCACCAUAUGAAGACGAAGGGCUGCCUGUACCUCCAUUAGAAGAAGAAGCUUUCUUUACUUUUCAAACUGCUCCAGUAGACUUGUCCAAUUUCUUUGAUGGCAUGGAUGAAGUUGAAAACCUUCUGGACAGAAAGGAAGAGAAAACACAUAAACUAGAAAUUAUAAUGAACAAAAUGGCAGUAAAUGGUGGCAAUGAUACGAUAUUCCAGGAGAAAUCAGAUGUUGCCGAAAUACAAAAGAAACCACUGCAGGCUGCUCGACAAGAUAAGCUCGAGUGCUUAGAUGAAAGUGGAAAACUUGAAGCUGCAAGGAGGAUGGUCCGCGCGGGUUAUAAACAAAAUGGUUAUAUACAUCUAUCCUCCUUCAACCUACUUGCUUAG